AUGGGUUACUACGACGACGAAGGCCAGUACCACAGCUUCCGCCGUGGCGUGGAGCGCGCUGCCGACCGCAUCCUCCACCCGUUCUCCCACCAUCACCAUGAUGGCGGCCGCGAGGAGGUGGUUGUGACCGAGUCGAGAGAGUCCGCUGGCCCAACGCGCGUCCGUGAUGGCGCUGUCGAGCAAGUUCGCUUCGUCGAGCCACGCUUCGGUGGCCGCGGGGUGCCCAUCCAGUGCCACUUUAUCCGCAUCGGCGACAUCCUCCUGCUCCAGGGUCGUCCGUCGCAGGUCAUCCGCAUCACCAUGUCUUCUCAGACGGGACAAUACCGCUACCUCGGUGUCGACCUGUUCACGCGCCAGCUGCACGAGGAGACCUCUUUCAUCAGCAACCCUGCCCCGUCAGUGGUCGUCCAGACCAUGCUCGGCCCUGUCUUCAAGCAGUACCGCGUCUUGGACAUCCGUGAGGACGGCCAGAUUGUCUGCAUGACCGAGACUGGCGAUGUCAAGCAGGGUCUGCCUGUCGUUGACCAGGGUGGCCUGUUCAAGCGCAUUGACCGAGCAUUCAGUGACGGCCGAGGCAGUGUCCGUGUCUUGGUCAUCAACGACGGCGGUCGCGAGUUGAUUGUCGACAUGAAGAUCAUCCACGGCUCAAGGUUGUAG